CGUCCCUCCAAUGCCGAUUUGGCUUGAUCGCGAGUUGCAACCACUAUUUUUUUCUUCCGGGAUUGAUAUUGGGGUUGAUGCAUCGGUCUGGCUCUCCAGAUUGCUUGUCCUCCAUCUCCAUCUACGGUGCAUAGCUGCAGCCUCUCUCAUCCCUGUCACAGUCACAGUCACGGCCCCGAUGCUCAUGCUUAUCUCAAUCUCGCCGCACUCAUCCUCUCACACAUGUUAAUUUUCUGUAGCUGCCGCCCAGACGGCCCUCGCGUCGCCGUGACGUCUUUGGACUUCCAGGCUUCGUGCUGCAUCGAUCCCGCACACCGGCCAGAUGGGUUUGGCUCCAGCGACGUCCGAGUUUCCGGGGCCCAAGGCCUCUCCUGAGCCAAGCUCGACCCGGCCGAAUCCCUUCGACGACAGCGACGUCUCUUCCCGCAAGCGCCGGCGCACGUCUGCCUCGGGCUCGGGCUCGGGCUCGCCAUCUGCAUCGGUCGAGACAGGCGUCUACCUGUCCGACUCGGGCUCGAGCCCAUUCUACACCACGGUCAACACCAUCCCUUCCCUUGACGGCACCGUCCAGCCCAGCCAGGAAUCCAAACAGCCUCGCACCCCGCCUCAGAAUGUCGACUCCCCGACCAUUCCUCCCGACCCCCCGACGUCGAGCCGAGUCACUACUAUUAAUCUUAGAAACCCGCCGUCGAGAGCAUCAUCAGCAUCUCCUACCCGUAUGCGAUAUUCCCCUACUGCCCCCGUGCGCUACGUCUCUCCAUCAACAUUUCGAGAAGCAACCCCAGAAGAGGACAAGGCCAAGAAGAGCGUCGAGGAAGCUGAGCCUGAUGUAACCACAAAUACCGAUGGCGGUCCACGAACUCCGCCCACAGGCUGGCGCGCCUCCCUCAGCCCGCCUAUUGAAGAGCUGUUCCCUGCCGAUCAUGAGAUGCCAGACCAGGCAGGGAUCGAACUGGCCGCCGACACAUUCAGCCCCCUCGAUGCUAGCAAUCCUCCUCCUCCUGUAGACCCUACCAUGCAGUUUCCUUACCUUGAUUCAGAUACUCUACCAGAGACUGUGAACCGUCUACGUCAAUUCCUAUCCGAACAGCCACCCAUAGAGCAAGAAAUGGGCAUCUGUGAGCAACUCCGGGUGUGGUUAGACCUAUUUGUCGAGUUCGCAAAGGCCAGAGACCCGGAAGUCAUCUGUGAGUCGGCUUACAACAACAGAGCCUUUUGGCAAUCGUUCCUGGGUCUCUGCGCUCUUAUUAUAAACAAAAACCUCUCCCCUUCAGCCCCUCCGAGGCUGCCAAUCCUACAGAGAUUGGCAUUGACGCUGUCCCACUCUUUUGUUGCGCUCACGGCGCAGUUUGUAAUCGUCGAUUUCCAUACAGUCCGCGACUGGCAAAUCGAUGCUUUGCAAACUAGUUCCGAAGCCCCGCCAUUGAUUUCUCUGGACUAUCUUCGACAGUUCCAUCAGUUGGCGCAGCGCAACAACCUCGGAGUCGGCAACGAUCCUGGCUCGCCUAAUGUUGCUUUGUUGGGCAGACCAAAUUUAGUUGCAUAUUUCACACGACAACUGCAUGACUUUGCUAGAGGGGUCAUCAAGUCUCUUUGCGUCUUUGCAACGCGCCUCAUCGAAAUCGUACAAGCAUUACCGAGACUGGUCAAUAUUCUUACGCCCAUAAUUCAAAUUCUCACAGACUGUCUGAAUGAGUCUUAUCGAACUUCGCGCCGAAGCACACUGGAUGAGGCCGCUGCCAGGUCAGAUCUGAUCCAUGUCUACAGCAUUUGGGGAGAUUUUUCGACGCUAUUACUCGCAAUCAUUGAAAAGCAUGUGGGAACUCUGAGCAGUGAUGGGGUUCCUGUACAAAUCGCCGCAUUGGCGGAUUUGCUCAAACUUUGUCUUCUAUGUGAUGACGAGGGAAAUAUCACAAUGCUCAACGAGUACAAGGCAAAGUAUCCGGACCUUGAAGGACCGCUAGUUAUUGAUGCCAUUGUAUGGGGGUGGAAAGUGGGCAUCCUUGAGAAGCUGAUUCGAUCUGGCCAGAUGCAGCUACGGGUCAAUUCCGUUUCUACCAUGUGUUCUGACCUCGUCACUGCUUGGAAACGACACGGCCUUCAAAGUGCUGUCCCAAACCGCCGUUACACCGACCACCUGGGCCAUAUCCUUCUCCAAACAAAUCUGGUAGAUUACAUUCUCGGCCCAACCUGUCAUCCGGAACUUAUUACUGAGAGCUCCAACAUCAUUGGAUAUUUGGUUGUUACUAAAAUGUACCAGAAGUCGCAUCUCGAUCUUUUGUGGCAGGGAAUUACGGAAAGUCAGGAUCCCCGCGUAGCGAAAGCUGUUGCUAAGAUGACAAACUCAAUCGCAAAUCUUCUCGACUAUCCUGCAAUCAUCUCGAUCUAUGAGAAGCUCCAAGCUCUUCCGCCCAAAGAAUUCAGCCAGGCAAUCAGGGCCGUCUGGGAGACCCUACACACGGAACUAACAUUGCGAUGCAGAGCGGAGGGAAUAACGCUCGGUUUUCUUCCCUAUGACCUCUGUUUGAGAUUGCUAAGACAGGCGUUCUUUUGUUCACCCGCCUCUCAGUCGUUCACCCUUGAAGCGCAAUCAACGCUUAUGGAUAGGUUCAGGGUCCUUUUGCAAUUUGGUCCAGAUAGCCAAGGGCGUCAAGAAUUAUACUCAAGCUGUGUCAAAGAUAUUGCGGACAAGUCACCCACCACACUGGGCAGCUUAUGCUGUUUAUCAAUGGCCAUUCGCCCAAAUAUGGCUGACGAAAUGAACGUUCUCAUUCAAGAGCAUGAUCUUGUACGAUUGCUGGUGGAAGAAUUGGAGCACGCUAUUAAGCUGGCGCGGACUGUCGGUGUCCCUUCGGUGGUCUUCGGACGCUUCAACCUGCCACGAAAAGAAUUCAUUGCCAAUCUCAUUCGCCUCCGACCAGACGCAAUAUCCGAAGAGUUGGGGAAAAAGCUUUGGGAUCUGCUCGUCGGACCAGCUUGUCUUUGUGAUGACGAUAGAAAUUCAGGCUGGGAUAUCUUCAUAGAUAUUGGCCCUGGGAAGGUAUCCAAAAAUCCGUUUCUGCAGCUCUGUUUCUCUCAAUAUUUGCCCAAUCUCCCCUCUUCCUGUUUUGGCCGAGGAAUGCUCCUCUGUGUCAAGAAAAUGGUCCUCGCAGCAGUUAAUAAUGUUGAUGUCGACUGUGACCUUGACGACGAUACGUUUCUAGAGGAAAACGGCAUUGAACAACUCUGGAGAUUUGUUAUGGGCACCGACCAUGCGGCGCUUGCAGAGGAGGCAAUUGGCACUUUGACCGUUGGUGUCUACAUUAAAAGUCCAGUCAUUACGGCAUAUCCCUUUAAUCGAGCCCGUCGCGUUCAAUCAGCUUUUGUCGACCGCUGCUUGGUCCAGUUGAAUGACUCUGCAAGGAAAAUUAAAGCAUCGAGUGAUGGAACCUCGAGCGGCGAAGAUGAACCAAUGGUAAUUGUCGCAACCGAAGAGGAGGUGCAAGAGCAGGAGCGUAUCUUCACCAGAACUUUGCAGCUUCUCCGGGUCUUUUUGGAGUUUCAUUAUACGAAACCCACCAUGUGUGCUCCCGAUUUCCGAUCAAUCUUUUACGAGACGCCAUGCCAAGCUGAAGGGGAUCUCACAACGCUCAAGUACCAGUCUUUUGACGGUGGCCAGGCAACGGAAAUAAAAUCAUUGCGCAUUGGAAAGCUGAACACGGCAGCUCAUCUGUUAUCUAACUUGAAGUUCGAGACCGGCUUCGAUAAUUAUCGUGCGUUUUACAAAGGGCGACAAUUCCUCCCCCUGGCGCAGCAGAUGCGUACGUCUCUAGAAAGGCUACACGUUGAGGAAGGCAUGAUAUUAGUAAGACGCGAGGAAAAUGAUCUUUCAAGCUCGAGUCAAGUCCCGCCUUUUGCAUCACCACUCGAGAUUCAGGUCAUGUCUCACUUUUCGGAGCUCUGGAGCCACCUAGGUAUGGAAGAUAAGAUCGCAAAGGAAAUGUACAGCCUCCUAGUCAAGCUCCACACCGACCGUCACAUCAUCGACUUGUUUGAGAGCCCAACAACCGUGUACACGGAUCUUUUCCCCCAAGGCCAGCCUUACAAAUGUCUAUAUGCCGUCCAAGCGUUUUCCAAAUACAUUGAAUCAGUUCGCUUGGCGGAAUCUAAUAGCGACGAAGUUGGAUGGGACAAGGAUCGUGGAGUCUCCCGAGUCUCCUACAAAGAGAUUCUAAGAACGUCUUCCACCUUGAUCGCACAGGCAAUGUCAGAUGAGAGCCUUCUGGAUCAGAUGAAUCCUGCGUUGCAGAUUGAGAUUAUGGGAGCUUUAAUGCAUACUUUUGUGCAGCUCUUACGGAGCGCACGGGCACUGGCAACAUCGCCUACCGAUUACGAAGUUGCGUAUCCAAAUCCAAGUCGCCUUGUCGACAUCUUGACCGACGCAGUGAAUGGUGGGGAAGGGGAGUCCUCGCUGUCUUUAAUCGACACCACGCUCUCCUCCAUACUGCAACUGUGUCUGAUGCACAGCGUCUUUAUGAACGACCUUGUGAAUCUUCCUUCGUUUAAGAGCAUCCUCCAUAGGUUGAUUCUGUUUGAUUCCCGCUCAGCGGUAAGGAGGCAUGUUGUCGGUAUGAUGAGAAAGGCAGUGGAAAUGGAAGAAGCCGCUAUAAAUGCCUUCCCGGAAGAUGCUAGGCCGCCGUCUCCCCUGAUGCAAUACUUUUGGUUGGUUGCUUCAAACCUUCUCUUGGAAGCAGUUGGUUCUCAUCACCAAUGCCAGGAGUUCUUUGAUGGGCUUGAUUACCUCUUUUGCAGAGGCGCCCAGGCCAUACCUUGCGAGGUCAAUACUCCGCUCUUCGCUGGGCAGGUCUGUGAGCUGCUGCUCAGCCACACCUCGAAGGAACGACUCGAUCAACCAGAUUCGCAGGAUUUUGUGGCAGAUGGUCUGUUGACUCUUCUUCUCCGAUGUCUGCAAAUAGAUAGCACGCUGCCUGCUUCUGCGACAUUACCAGAUGAUCUUGCUGAGACCCUGUUUCAUAUGCACCUCUUCCCACAGCGGCGAAUUCAUCCAGCACAGCCCGUACAAAGGGUGCUGCUGAGAACCGAUACGCGAGCAAAACUGUAUGAAGCAAUUUUCACAUUGAUCAAGGAAAACCGGUCCAGGUUCAGCUCGUUGCUACAGUGCCUCAAUGAUCUUGUCCCAUACUAUUUGGAUGAAGAAGAUGGCAUUGAUCCCUAUAUCUACGAUCUAUCAUACCAGUUUGAUCGCAACAAGGCCAUCAGAAUGCACGGCUAUGUGGGCUUGCGGAAUCUCUCAAACACGUGCUAUUUGAAUUCUUUACUCACUCAGCUCUUUAUGAACACAGCAUUCCGUCGAUUCAUACUCGAAUUCAAAAUUGACGAUUCCGAUGAUUCUCAGCAGUUGCUAUUUCAUACGCAAAAGAUAUUCGGCUUUUUGCAAGAUAGUUACCGCCGCUGUGUCGACCCUGGUCUAUUAGUCGGCUCUAUCAAAACUUAUGAUGACGUCCUAAUUGACAUUCACAACCAAAUGGACGUGGAAGAGUUUUACAGCUUGUUUUUCGACCGGUUAGAGUCCCAGGGUAUGACAGAUGACGAGAAGAAAGCGCUGCGGUCAAUCUACGGCGGGCAGCUUGUCCAGCAAGUCAAGUCGCAAGAGUGUGAGCAUGUAUCUGAACGGCUCGAACCAUUUUCUGCCAUACAGUGCGAUAUACAUGGGAAGAGCACACUGCAGGAAAGCCUACAGGCUUAUGUGCGUGGAGAGGUCUUGGAAGGUGAUAACAAGUACAAGUGCUCCUCUUGCGACCGACACGUCGAUGCUGUGAAGAGGGCAUGCUUGAAAGAAGUACCAGAUAACUUGAUAUUCCACCUUAAGCGAUUCGACUUUAAUCUUCGUACGCAGCAACGGAGUAAAGUCAAUGACUACUUCUCGUUCCCCUCGACAAUCGAUAUGAGGCCAUAUACAAUCGACCACCUCAGUAACCCAACGGAUACGGAUCAGCAAGAGGAUAUGUUUGAGCUAGUGGGCAUCCUUAUUCAUGCGGGCACGGCAGAAUCAGGGCACUACUACUCUUAUAUCCGAGAGCGGGCAUCGACGGUGGACCGUCCCAGCUGGGUAGAAUUCAAUGACGAUGUCGUAACGCCAUGGGACCCGCGUCAAAUGGCGGCCAGCGCCUUUGGGGGUAGCGCAGGCCAGCAAAUGAGCCUUGAUUCCGGUGGCUCAAGCUUUGACAAGACCUACAGCGCCUACAUGUUGUUCUACCAACGCUCUUCAUCCCUCCUUGCAGAGCAAGCCAUACCGUAUAUUCAGGAGGCCAUAACCCCUUUGCACAUUGACACCGACACCCCCCUGAAGCAACAUAUUCUCGAUGACAAUACGGUGCUGCUCAAGCGACACUGCCUGUAUGAUCCCAGCCACGUAGAAUUUGUGCAGCAUUGUUUCAGGCACGCAAAAUUUCUCGAAUAUGCAUCGUCUCCCAGCCCAGAUCAGCCUCAGCCCCAAAGUUCAGAUAAUGGCCCAACAACCGUACCGCCUCACGCAUUAAAAACCCUAGCAAUGGAGAUGGCUCUUGGCCACUUUGACCAACUGGUUACUCGAGUCGAAGGCACACCAAGUUUUGAUUCAUUCGCGGCCAUGAUCCGCUCAGCCGUAGUCGAUUGCGGAGCCUGCGCCUUUUCGUUUUUCAAUUACUUCCAUGUCCAUCACGAGGCCUUUAGGGGCUUGGUGCAACGAAAUCCAGACGCCAACGUCCGUGCCUUUACUGGUUCCACAAUGGCUAUUGUAUUGGGUAAAAUCGCCACUGAGACACCGCAUAUUUACGAUCGACCAGCUACGGUACAGGAUGAUGAUGGGAGCGAGUCUGCAUCCAACUCUUCAGGCCGCGGAGAGUCUCCUCCGAAAUCAUACGUCUUAGAAGAGGUAAUGGCCGCGUUCGACCGUCUUUGGCGAUACUUUCAGUUCCAUAUACGCUCUUGGGAUGAAGUCUUUGGCAUGAUGCUCCAGUUUGCCAUGCUCGGGCCACGGGAGGUUGCUUAUAUGUUGGGGAACGACUUUUUAGUCAAGCUGUUGCGCAUUAUUGCAGCCGAUGCGUCCAUGGACCUGCAACCCAACUACGCAAAAAUGUUGCACAGCAUCUAUCGGCGACCUUCCAACCGUCCACCGCCAUAUGCAUCGAUCCUAAAGCUCAUUAGCUACCUUUUAUCGCAGCUUGAGCCUACACUAGGCGCGCAGUACAUUGUCGACGCGCCAGAAGAACGACUGGCCUUCCGCGAGCCACCGUUUCCCUGGACGUCGGAUGAAGUCCACAUCAUUCACGACCACCCCGAGCGUCAGCUGUCGAGCAUUUUCGUCGAAAAGCUCCUCGCCAUUGAUCAAGCGCGUGAGGCUACCCACAACAUCUUGGGCCGCUUAACAGCAGUGUCGACCCAAAUGGAUCUCAGGGUAUUUAACACGCUACGGAGAAAGCUUCAAGGAGAAUCGACGACGGAGCCGUUGGAUCCAUUCCUGCGAGGCGCCAGCGCUUAUCUGGAAAACACUCUGUCUGCUAACCACGGCCAGACCCUCACACGGCAUAUAGCCGCUCAGGCGCAGAGCCUACAUAGCACUGAAGGCAUGGCGUUUCUGGAGCACUUUCAGACAUCGUUACAUUUGAAGAGAAAAGACGGUUCCAUGGCUCAAAUCACGGCAGCCAAUAGCCUCGAAACUUUGCCAGAUUGGGUACCUCAUCUUCUUGUAAUCCCAGACAGCGAGCUGAGGUACAAUACCGAGCACUUUCUGGAUACAGAGCUCUUCAGCUUAGCGCCCGAGGUCUCUGGAGAAGACACAACAAUGCACGAUGGACGAGAGGCCGUAAGAGAUGUUAUUCAAAGGCUGGGGAUAGCGUGCCUGCUCUACCUCCGCGAUGCACAUAUUAGGCGUCGCAUACUCAUUGGACGUGAGACUGCGAGCGCUGUGGUGCGAGUAGUCAGUAAAUGCGGCGCUUAUUUCAGCGAAAACCCGGAUAGUGACGACAAUGGUGCCGAUUUCAGAAUGCUCCAAAACGAAGUCGUAGGUUCCUUGAGGAGGCUUGUUGUUGAUGAAGAAGUAGAGGAUGAUGGUUCCGACUGGGAGGGUUCUUGUAUCUCAUCAGAUCCGGUGGAUUGCCCGCCAGACCUCGGAGUUCAGCAAAUUGGGGAGCCGGAUGAUGCAAACGCUAUAUGAGGCGUAUACUACUUCCGACAGAAGGGUAGUUUGACAAACUUGCUUGAUUUCGAUAGAGAAGGCAAGUGUGGAGUUUAUGGGGUCCAGGUUGAUGUUUACAGUUCGAUACUGUUUUUUUUCUUGGUCUUGUUUUUAUUUCCUUUCCUCUUUUAUUUUACUGCCGGUCUCAUCAUACACCUUCCUCCCUAUGUCGUUUUUCCUUACCCGGACGGACUAAUCAGGAAACCGCCGUCGCCUGAAACAACAACAGGCCGAUAUAGAAGCGCAUGGGUGAGCAGGUUCUGUAAGACCAUGGUGAAGGAUUUGGGCAUAGCAUUGGGGCGAAAGGCGCAGGGAAAUCCCAGCUCACUAUGAGAUAGCAAUUACGAAAUCACGAACUAGGGCAAGGAGAAGGGUUUGUUUGUUAAUCGCGGCAAGGACUGAAUAGACUGGUAUGAAGCAAUGUUAUACCACUGAUUUCCUCUUU